GGGAAGGCACAGCCCAGGUGGCUGUGUGGCGGGGCGGGGGGAAGGGGAGUCGGGCGCUGGCGGCGGGCGGCGGGCGGCGGCGGCGGAGCGGGGGCAUGUGGUCCCGGGGUCAGGUGCUCGCGGCGCUGGGCACUGCCGCGCUGCUGCUCCUCCUCCUCUCGCUGAUGGUGAGGCAGCUGCUCAAGCAGAGGCGGCCGCCCGGUUUCCCGCCGGGGCCCCGGGGGCUGCCCCUCAUCGGCAACAUCUACUCGCUGGCCGCGGACCAACCGCAUGUCUAUAUGAAGAGGCAGAGCCAAGUCCAUGGCCAGAUUUUCAGUCUUGACCUUGGAGGUAUAUCUGCUAUUGUACUGAAUGGUUAUGAUGCCGUAAAAGAAUGCCUCGUUCAUCAAAGUGAAGUUUUUGCAGACAGACCAUCUCUUCCUUUGUUCAAGAAGCUGACAAAUAUGGGAGGUUUAUUGAACUCCAGAUAUGGUAGAGGAUGGACAGAGCAUCGCAAGUUGGCUGUAAGCAGCUUUCGUUGUUUUGGAUAUGGUCAAAAGUCCUUUGAACACAAAAUUUCAGAAGAAUCCAUGUUUUUUCUUGAUGCCAUUGAUACAUACAAAGGCAGACCCUUUGAUCUUAAACACUUGAUAACAAAUGCAGUCUCAAACAUUACUAAUUUGAUUAUCUUUGGAGAACGUUUUACAUAUGAAGACACUGAAUUUCAGCACAUGAUAGAGAUUUUUAGUGAAAACAUUGAAUUAGUUGCUAGUGCUUCAGUGUUCUUGUAUAAUUCUUUUCCCUGGAUUGGCAUAUUACCCUUUGGAAAACAUCAACAACUGUUUAAGAAUGCAGCUGAAGUCUAUAACUUUUUGCUUGAACUUAUUGAACGAGUUUCUAAAAACAGGAAGCCUCAGUCACCUCGACAUUUCAUUGAUGCAUAUUUAGAUGAAAUGGAUCAAAGUGAAAAUGAUCCAGAGACUACAUAUUCAACCAAAAAUCUAAUUUUCUCUGUUGGAGAACUCAUCAUAGCUGGAACAGAAACCACAACUAAUGUUUUAAGAUGGGCAGUAUUGUUUAUGGCUCUUUAUCCGAACAUUCAAGGGCAAGUUCAUAAAGAAAUUGAUUUGGUCGUGGGUCCAAACAAAACACCUUCUUUAGAAGAGAAAUGCAAAAUGCCUUACACUGAAGCAGUUCUACAUGAAAUUUUAAGGUUCUGUAAUAUAGCUCCAUUAGGUAUUUUCCAUGCAACUUCUAAGGAUACAGUUGUGCGUGGUUAUUCUAUCCCUGAAGGCACUACAAUAAUUACAAACCUCUAUUCUGUACACUUUGAUGAAAAGUACUGGAGUAACCCAGAAGUGUUUUGUCCUGAACGGUUUUUGGACAGCAGUGGGCAGUUCAUCAAGAAAGAUGCAUUUGUUCCUUUUUCACUAGGAAGAAGACAUUGUCUUGGAGAACAACUGGCCAGGAUGGAAAUGUUUUUGUUUUUUACUUCAUUACUUCAGCGAUUUCACCUGCAUUUUCCACAUGCUCUGAUUCCCAAUCUGAAGCCAAAAUUAGGCAUGACAUUACAACCACAGCCAUAUCUCAUCUGUGCUGAAAGACGUUAAAGCAUAUGCACCAAACUCUCAGCUGGUGUAAAUUGGAAUAGCUACACUGAAUAAAUGGAGCUGCACCAACUUACAGCAGCUGAGUAUCUGGCCCCAUCUUUUAUUUAUAACUAUGUUAUUCAUAGUCUUGUCAAAAGAACAAGAAUUCUAAACACUCUCUGUUAAAGGACUUGCACACAAAUUUUGUCUUAUUCAUAGGCUUUUAGGUAUUUCAUCUAUUUGUAUGUAAUUUUCACAAAAAAGGCAUUAAUACUCUUCAUGUGUUUAAAGAUUCUAUUCUCACUUCAAAAAUCUAGAGCAGGUUCCAUUUCUCGUUUCAACUUUUCAAGAUUUCAUUGAAUUACCCUUGUGACAGGGUUAGGCCAGAUGGCUACAGGACAGUGAUAGAAGGUAGAUAUAUUAGCCCCAGAUUAAGCAGAUCCCUUUAUUCUGAGUAAGAUAAUGGGAUGUUUCAGAACAAUCAGGAAGUUUCUGGAACCAAGUGAGGCAGGCUAAUUACGACACCUGGAGCCAAUUAAGAAGCUACCAGAAUCAAUUAGGACAGGCAGGCUAAUCAGGGCAUCUGGUUUUAAAAAGGACCUCACUUCAGUUAGUGAGGCACGUGCGAGGAGCUAGGAGCAAGAGGCACAAGAAGCUGAGAGUGAGUAGGCGUACUGCUGAAGGACGGCAAAGUACAAACGUUAACCAGACAUCAGGAGGAAGGUCCUGUGGUGAGAUUAAAGAAGGUGUUGGGCGGAGACCAUGGGGAAGUAGCCCAGGGAGUUGUAGCUGUCACACAGCUGUUACAAGAGACACUGUAGACAUUUGCAAUCCACAGGGCCCUGGGCUGGAACCUGGAGUAGAGGGCUGGCCUGGGUUCCCCCCCAUCCUCCUCAACUCCCUAUUUGAGACAAGAGGAGGUGAUCUGGACCUUGGGUCCCACCACAGGGGAAGGUCCCUAGCCUAUCCCCAGACGCACUAGGUCAACCAGCAGAGACUGUGGGGAUUGUUUUCCUUCCCUUUCCCCAUGCUGGCCAGUGAUGAGGUUAGCCGAGUGAACAGCAGGUUUGAGCCUCUAGCAAAAAUGGCCAAACAGAGUGCUGCCGUGAAUCUCUGAGGCGAGCAAAUCCGCCAAUAAGCGCAGGACCCACCAAGGCAGAGGAGGAACUUUGUCACACCCUAUUUAAAGAUUAUUAAAAAAUUCAGCUACUGCCUCACACAAUAUUUUCUAUUAUUCAUGAUAUUUAAAUAAUGUUGCGAAAAAUAGUUUUUAAAGUUUUUAACAUAAGCAGAAAACUUUUUAAUUUGGGAGAAUGUUCUGAUAAAUUUGGAGAGUUUGGAUGAAACCUGUUGCAGUCAGAGUCCUCUCAUGAAAUCUCAAAUAAUAAAAAACUGCCCCAAACAAACUUAUUUUUAGAGUACUUCAUUAAAAAUAUAUUAACCCCAAUUUUCAUUAAAAACUCCUUUUGAAAUAUGUUGUAAUAAAUCCUAUCUAUCUGUAUAUUCUUCCUUGACAAAUCUCAUCUUGCCCACUUGUAUCCAUUCACAAUGCUGCUGCAAAGAUCAUUUUUCUGGCGUGGCACGACAAGUAUAUCAUCCCUCUUUUUACAUCCUUCUGGUUAUUCCACAUUCGCCACUGCAUCAAAUAAUAGGCACUUUUAAGACACUUCAUAGCCUAUACCCACCCCUAUCCAGCAUGCCUUAUAUGCUGUCAGGAUGUUGAAUCAUACCUCUGCUCUGACAGUUAUGACAGCCUUCAUUGCCCAUUUGUUACAUUUUCAAACAAGCACCUUCUUGUGGCUCCCCAUGCCAUCCUAUCUACUGUUAAAAAUUUCUAGUAAAUUAUUUCUAGUUUAACCUGGCAUACCUUUAACUUCCAGCUAUUGGAUUUGUUAUACAUUUUUCAGCUAGACUGAAGAGCCCUCUAUUAUCAAUUUCUGCUUCUCAUGUAAAUAAGUACUUAUAGACUAUGAUCAAGUUGCCCCUAAAUUGUCAAUUUGGUAAGAUUGAGCUCCUUGAGUCUUUCACUGGAAAGUGGGAUGGGGUUUUUUCCUGUUAUUUUAAUUCUUGUGGCUCUUCUCUGAACCCCUUCCAGUUUUUCAACAUCUUUCUUGAAUUGUGAACAUCAGAUCUGGAUGCAGUAUUCCAAUAGUGAUCGAUCAGUUCCGAAUACAGAGUUAAUAUAAACUCUCUACUCCUACUCCAUAUUCUUCUGUUUAUAAUCCAAGAAUCACAUUAGCCCAGAAGUUCUUAGACUUUUUGCCAGCACAACCCCAUUUUAAUAAAUUAUUUCCUUCUGGGACCCCAGACAGCAUAGCAGAUGCCAUUUUGAUCAGCAUUAAUUAUAUUACCCUACUUUAAUUCUUAAUUGAGUCCAGUAUCAGCUGUUCCAAAAUUUUUGCCAGAAUCAUUGUCAUUCUGUAAAGUCUUGUAAUUACUUGGGUCAUCGAAUUUACUAUUUUAAAAUACUGUCACAACAUUAUCUUUCUUCCAAUCCUCUGGAAGUUUGCCAGUGUUCCAAGAGUUACUAAAAAUCAGGUACUGGACAUUACUGAUCCAGAUUGCUCCUGGGCCAGCACUUUUAAAACCCUUGGAUGUAUUUUACUCAGACCUGCAGAUAUCAAAAUGUGUAACUUCAAUAGUUGCUGUUUAAUAUCCUCCUGAGUUACUGUUAGAAUGGAAAGUAUUUAUGUCAUCAUCAUGUGAUAGGAAUACAUCAUCUGGCUUUUUCCCAAAUACAGAACAGAAAUAUUUGACAGCUUCUGCAUUUAUUGACAACUCUAUCAUUUUCAUCUUGUAAUGGACCAACUCUAGGAUUCUUUGUAAUCUUAAUAUACGUAAACUCGUGAUUGUCCUUAACCUUGCUGGCCAUAGAUUUCUUCGUGUGUCCUUUUGUUUCCCUUAUUAGUUUUCUGCAAUUCCUAGCUUCUAAAUUAUAUUCAUUCCUGUCAACUUCCCCAUUUUUCCAUUAAAAAAAUGUAAGUGCCCUCACUUCUCCUUUAAGACAGGAUAGCCUUUUCUUCUCAUCACAGAAUGUAACUAUGAAAAAAAAAUCCCUCUAUGUAAAAUUGUUCCCUAUGGUGAAUUUGCUAAUGUUUGUCCAGACUAGUUUUAAGUGUCCCAUAGGAGACUAUUAUGGAGCCUUAGAUGUCACUAUAGGGAACCUUUCUUAGAUUAAUCCUAAAUUUUACCUUCCUUAAUUUCAGCACAUUAAUCUUAGCUAAACUCCCCUUAGCUAUGCCUCCCUCAUACCACAACAAACAAUUCCUAUUCCCCUUUGAUGUUGUCUCCCUUCAAAUAUUUGUAAAUUUAUGCUCCCUAUCCUUGUGCUAAAUUUACAUAUAGUUAGCUUUUUAAAUCUGUCCUCAAAAUCCAGUACCCAGAUCACUUGUUGCUCUUUUCUGGACUCUCUCUAAUGUAUUAAUAUCUUUCUGGUAAUGAGGUGUCCAGAACUGAAGACAGUGUUUCCAGAUACAGUUGCAUUAGAACCAGAGAGAAGGGAACUAUUACCUUUUUCACUCAUAAUGUGCUGCCCCUGCAUAUGCAAUUAAAAAUAUGCAAAAACCUUGGGAAAACUAAGUUGCAAAUUCUUGUGUAAUUGAUUGUCUGUGAUUCCUAGUAUACUUUUAGUAUGACAUCUUUUCAGGUUUCUCUUUCCUAUUGAGUAUCUCUUAAAAAUUAUUUCCCCUAGAUUAUGGAUUAGUUUAAACUCUCUGUAUACCUUGCAUCAUUUCUCCGUUCUGAGUAUUUGUAAGUGAGGGCCAGAUCCUGUUACUCCUCUUCAUGUAAGUAGUUCCAUUAAUGUAGGCUUUUCUCUGAAUUCCAUCUACUGUUCUUUCUUUCUUUCUUUCUUUCUUUCUUUCUACUAUUGAGAUGCCCAGAAUUGAAAUCAGUAUCGUGGGUGUAGUCUUAUCAGGAGCCACAUUGUCUUAAUGCUGCUUCAUGUUCAGCCCAAUAUUCCAUUAGUUUGGCCCUGCCAUAUCCACAGAUGCCAGUUGACAAAAGCAGGCAGAUAGCACGCUACUUUGUGAACACAGCUAGUCUACAUGAAAAUGUGCUCGUAUGACAGUUACCUCAUCCUUCUUCUCCCCUUCCCUACCUCUUUGUUUGUUCAGCCACUCCUCAUAACUUGUCAUUAACCUAAAUUUCAUUGUUUUUAGGGCUGGGACUAUCUUUCCUGUGUUGUUACAGUGCCUAACACAGGGGUCAGCAACCUUUCAGAAGUGGGUUUAUUCACUCUAAUUUAAGGUUUCGUGUGCCAGUAAUACAUUUUAACAUUUUUAGAAGGUCUCUUUCUAUAAGUCUAUAAUAUAUAACUAAACUAUUGUUGUAUGUAAAGUAAAUAAGGUUUUUAAAAUGUUUAUGAAGCUUCAUUUAAAAUUACAUUAAAAUGCAGAUCUUAUCAGUUUAGUGUG